AACUAAAACAAUAUGCUGCUUCCUCUUCCUUUUUGAUGUCGGUAAGUUUCUGGGUGCUUAUAUAUAGGGCUGGUGGAUGUGUUGGUGGAGAAGCACAAAAACAGAUAAUGCCAUCACCAACCAUGGACAAAGAAGCUAGAGAUCCAAACAGAGAGCAGAAGGAUGGCAUCCGGAAGCCACUGCUAGAAAGAGAGGAAGUGAACAAUGAGAAGAGACCAGCGUCAUUUACAAAUGCCAAUAUUUGGAGAAGAAUGACAUUCGGCUGGCUCAACCCUCUGUUCGAUCUGGGUAGGAGAAAAACUCUGGAACUAACUGACGUUCCAAUUAUUCCAGAUGAAGACAGUGCUCGCAGGUCUUCCCUGUUGCUAGAAACAGCUCUUCAGAAGCAGAAAGAGUUAUCUUUUCCGAGAGCCAUCUUCUCCACCGUUUGGAAGCCUCUAGCUGUGACUGCAAUCUAUGCUGGCCUGACCACGAUCUCCUCUUACAUGGGUCCUCUCUUGAUCACCAUGCUGAUAGAUGUUUUAGCUUCAAGUGACUCUUCUCCUGCUGAAAAAUCACAUGGUUACGUUCUUGCUCUAUGCCUCUUCUUCUCCAAGGCCAUAGAGUCUUUUUCACAGAGGCAUUGGUAUUUUGGUGCCCAAAUGAUUGGGGUGAGAGUCAGAGCAGGCCUGAUGGUGCUGAUUUACAGAAGAGCACUUAGUAUGAAAUGCAGAUGCAAGAGCGUGGGUGAGAUGGUCAAUCUUAUGAGUGUGGAUGUAGAGAAGAUUGGAGAUUUUGCUUGGUACUUUCAUGGUUUGUGGUUGCUGCCAAUUCAAAUUUCCCUAGCUCUUUUCAUUCUCUAUAUCAAUCUCGGAAUCGCUCCUUCACUUGCUGCCCUGCUUGCCACCAUCGUGAUCAUGGUGGGGAACACUCCACUGGCCAAAUUGCAAGAGAACUUCCACUCCAAGAUAAUGGGUACGAAGGAUAGGCGGGUAAAGGCAACAGCAGAGUGCCUCAAGUUUAUGAGGAUCUUGAAGUUUCAGUCAUGGGAAACACUUUACAUGGAGAAAAUCCUUAAAUUGAGGGAUACUGAGAAGGGUUGGCUCAGGAAGUAUCUCUACACAUGCGCAGCAGUUGCUUUUCUCUUCUGGGCAGCUCCUGCCGUGGUCUCAGUGGCCACUUUCAACGUCUGCAUCCUCAUGGGUACCCCAUUAACAGCAAGCAAAGUUUUUGCAGCAUUAGCGACUUUCAGGAUCCUCCAAGAGCCAAUUUACAAUCUCCCUGAGUUGCUCUCGAUGAUUGCGCAGACUAAAGUAUCGCUGGAUAGAAUUGCAAGUUUCGUAUUUGAAGACGAAGAAGGAGAAGAGGAGGAGGGAAGAUACUUCAGGGUGGCAGAGUGCAAUGCUGACAUGAACAUUGGUGUUGGUGAGAUAAACAUGAAGGAAGGUGGAUUCUCUUGGGAAAUGUACGGCGAGAAGCCCAUGGUUACAACCAUCAAUCUGCAAAUCAAGAGAGGACAAAAGAUUGCCGUCUGUGGCUCUGUGGGUUCUGGGAAAUCAAGUCUCUUGUUGAGCAUCUUGGGGGAGAUUCACCGAGUUUCAGGAGAUGCUGUUGAAGUCUCUGGUUCGAAGGCGUACGUUGCUCAGAGUGCUUGGAUUCAGACGGGUACCAUAAGUGAGAACAUUCUGUUUGGUAGAGAGAAGGACGAUAAUUUAUACAGUACUGUGUUGAGGGCCUGUGCAUUAGAGAAAGACCUCAGUAGUUUUCCUUAUGGAGAUCAGACUCUGGUUGGAGAGAGAGGUGUAAAUUUGAGUGGGGGCCAGAAACAGAGGAUCCAAUUAGCAAGAGCUCUCUAUAGUAAUGCUGAUGUCUAUCUCUUGGAUGACCCUUUUAGUGCUGUUGAUGCUCACACUGGUUCCCAUCUUUUCAAGGAGUGCCUUAUGGGGGUGUUGGCUGACAGGACGGUGGUUUAUGUUACUCAUCAGCUUGAGUUCCUCUCCGCUACAGACCUGGUUCUGGUAAUGCGGGAGGGAAAAGUUGUUCAGUCUGGAAAAUGUGCGAACUUAAUGGCAGACGAGUCAGGAGAGCUUUACAGGCUGAUGACUGCUCACAAGAAGACCUUAAAAAAUGCAGGCAUGGAAGGAAAAGAAAAUGAUGCGUCACCAACUUCAGUUUCAGUUGACCAACUACAGUUCUCACAGAAGGAAGAGAAAUGGCCAAUCAAGAGCAACACGAGGGACAUGCUUGUAUGCCAUUGUGAAGAAGAGAGAGAAAAAGGAAGAGUGAAGCUCGAAGUUUAUUCAACUUUUGUAAAGACAGCAUACAGGGGAGCGCUAGUUCCUCUUAUAUUGCUGUGUCAGGUUGCUUUCUUGGCAUUGCAGAUGGGCAGCAAUUAUUGGAUAGCAUGGGCAACGGAUGGCAACGAUGGUGGACGAACCAUAAGCAGGAGAAGACUAAUGAGUGUGUAUGUCAUGCUGUCAGCUGGGAGUGCAGUAUGUGUUCUUGGCAGAGCUCUACUUCUUGCUACAGCUGCCAUGGAAACUGCUCAGAAGCUGUUCGUGAAAAUGCUUAUGUCUGUCUUCAGAGCACCCAUUUCCUUCUUUGAUUUAACUCCAUCCAGUCGCAUGCUGAACAGGUCAUCAACAGAUCAGAGCACACUGGACACUGAUAUCCCAUACAGAUUAGCAGGGCUUGUCUUUGCACUAAUUCAGCUAUUGAGCAUCAUCAUCCUUAUGUCUCUAGUGUCAUGGCAAGUUUUUGUGGUCUUCCUUGUCGUGAUUGCCAUCUGCAUUUGGUAUCAGGGCUACUACAUCAGCACUGCAAGAGAGUUGGCAAGAAUGGUUAACAUAAGGAAAGCUCCCAUCCUUCACCACAUAUCUGAAUCUGUAUCUGGAGCUGCAACCGUCCGUUGCUUUGAUCAAGAAGGACGAUUCUUAGAAAAAAAAUUUGGUCUAGUCGAUGAUUACUCUUCACUUGUCUUUCACAACUUUGCAGGAAUGGAGUGGCUUUGCCUUCGCAUGAAUUUUCUGUUCAAUCUAGCAUUCUUUUUUGUUCUGAUAGCCUUAGUCAGCUUGCCCAAAAGCCAAGUGGAUCCUAGUCUAGCUGGAUUAAUAGCCACAUACGGUCUGAACCUAAAUGUGUUGCAGGCUUGGGUUUUGUGGAACUUGUGCAAUGUUGAGAACAAGAUGAUUUCUGUUGAAAGAAUCCUGCAAUUCUGCAACAUAGCUAGUGAAGCACCAUUGGUGAUAGAAGAUAGCAGACCCGAACCACAGUGGCCACAGAAGGGAACCAUUGAAAUAACUGAUCUUUAUGUGCGAUACAGUCCACACCUUCCAUUUGUUCUACAAGGAGUUAGUUGCAUCUUCCCUGGACAAAAGAAGAUUGGCAUAGUUGGGAGGACUGGCAGUGGAAAGUCAACACUUAUUCAGGCUCUGUUUCGAUUAGUUGAACCAUCUUCUGGAACCAUUAGAGUUGACGGUGUGGAUAUAGGCAUGAUUGGUUUGCAGGAUUUGAGAGCUAGAAUGAGUAUAAUUCCUCAAGAUCCAUCACUCUUUCAAGGAACAUUGAGAUGCAAUCUGGAUCCUUUUCAACAAUACACUGACUUAGCCAUCUGGGAGGCCCUUGACAAGUGUCACCUUGGAAAUUUAGUCAGACGUGAUGGAAGGCAGUUAGAUGCUCCAAUCGAUGAAGAUGGAGGUAACUGGAGUGUGGGGCAAAGGCAGCUACUUUGCCUUGCUAGAGCAUUACUAAAGCAGAGAAGGAUUGUAGUGUUGGAUGAAGUCACAGCUUCUAUUGACACAGCAACUGACCAUCUUAUACAAAAAACAAUAAGGCAAACAACCAGGGAUUGCACGGUCAUCACAAUUGCACACAGAUUGCCUACUGUCGUUGACAAUGAUUUUGUAUUGGUUCUUCAUGAAGGGAAAGUUUUGGAGUAUGAUUCUCCGGACCAACUGUUAAAAGAUUCGUCCUCUGCAUUUUCCAAACUGGCUACCGAGAUGUCAAGGAGGUCGAAGGGAGAGAACCAUCCUUCAUCGCAACCAUCUUAAAUGACUGGCAUCUUAAAUGACUGGAGCUUGCGGCCACAUAAACAUUAGACACUGUAAUAUACAUACGAAGCCAAGAAUAUUGCUUACAAACCAAAGGACCAUACUAGCAGCAGUCGCAUGAACGGAAGUAACAUUAUAUACAACAGGAAAUCGUAGGAAAGGUAGGACUACCACACGUUGUAUUGCAUUGUAUGUUUUCAUAUGAAUGGAAACUAGUUAGUUGCAGUUAAA